AUCAAAUUAGUUCAGUUCAGAACUAAGAGUUAAGCGGUGAACACACACGAAAGGAAAAUAGCGGAGCACAUAAAAGAUUUAAAGAAAUAUUGUCGAAGAAAAUACGUUAAAUAUUUAAAUAAAGGAAAAAAGAGAAAAUAAGUAAUAUAAGAAAUUUUGUUGUCAAAAGAAGGAAAAUACGAAAGUGAAUCAUUAGCUAAAUUUGUGUUUAUUACAAAUCAAUUUUCAAUUUGAAUUAAAUAAAAAAAAUUAAAGGAAAGGACAACAGACAUCAAAAUGCAUAGCACUCUGUUGGAUGAGAUCAACCAAAACGGUUACAUUGUCCUCGAAGAUUUUCUCACAGCCGAAGAAGUUGAUGAACUCUACAAAGCCGGUCGUGCUUUGUGCAUGGAUGCACCACAAGCAAAUCGUAAAGUUUUCGACACGUCCAAUCACGAAGAUGCCCAAAGCAAGGAGACAUACUUCCUCGAAUCGGGUGACAAGGUACGAUAUUUCUUUGAAAAUGGUUCCGUUGGAGAUAAGGGAGAACUUUUGGUAGAUCCCAUGGUGGCAUUGAACAAAGUCGGUCAUGCCCUGCAUGUGGAAAAUCCUGUCUUCAAUAAGAUUAGUUUCUGUAAUCGGGUUAAGGAAAUUUGCUGGCAAUUGAAUUUCAAUAGACCUGCCAUCUGCCAGAGUAUGUACAUCUAUAAAAAUCCCAAAGUUGGUGGCGAAGUUAUACCGCAUCAGGACUCGUGGUAUUUACACACGGAACCAAAUUCGGCCAUUGGUUUCUGGUUUGCUCUAGAAGAUUGUACCCUGCAAAAUGGCUGUCUGCAAUUCAUCAAGGGUUCACAUAAAAGCGGGGUACAUCGUCGUUACAUUCGUAAUCCCGACAAGAAUUCCCAGGAUCUAAUGAUUUACGAUAGAGCUGCACCCAUUUAUCCUCAUUCGAGUUUUACACCAAUUCAAUGUAGUAAAGGUACUUGCAUUGUCAUCCACGGCAAUGUGGUGCACAAAAGCGACUCAAAUCGCUCACCGAAGAGCCGCCACGCCUACACCUUCCAUGUGAUCGAGACUGAAAAUAAUGUUAAAUAUUCCGAAGACAACUGGCUGCAGCCACCCAAAGACAAGCCCUUCCCUGUUUUAUUUGAAAGAAAGAACUGAUAUCUCGUACCUUUGUGUUGAGCUACAAUUGUAUCUGUGAAAUCCCCAAUUUUUACCCACACAUUACUUUUUUGUACUUCUUUUUUAAUUGUAAAAUAGCAUAACAUUUUGUGUUUUUAUAAGUUUUCGUUUUCUAUCAUUUCAUGUAGCUUUAUAUGUUUAAAUCAAAUAACAAGUGUAUUAACAAAUAAUAUGUACGUAACAUAGAUAAAAUAAUUGUAAUUUUUAAAUAAAUAUAUACUGAAAAAUCAA